AUGGCUACCGCCGUAUGCUCAGGCAGUAGCCCCUCCGCUGCAAUCGUCGUAGACGAUGAUCACGCAUUUGAGGAUAAAGCCACGACAGAAUGGCAGCUAAGGGUCAACGCCUACCGCCCUCAAGGCCGAGAAAAUUCCGUCAUCACCGUCAACAGUGAUUUCGACAUACUGGAACAGAAAGAAGAGGACAUCGCCGACAGAGAACUCGAAAAUCUUAUCGAUCUUACUGUUGACGAUGACCCGGUCAUCCAACCGCGUCAAAGACGUCGCCAACCGCCUCCUGCCAAGGACCCUGAGCGUCAUCACCAGAGCAUAGGAACUGGCCAACGGCUGAUCAAGCUCAAGAAGUUUUAUGAGCUGGAUCCUUCGCAAUGCCCCAAGUCGGCGCUAGAGCCACAUUUUAUUUUGGUGAACAAUAUCACUGAGAAUUUGACGACCAACAAAUUCACAAUCAGAGGACUGCCCUUUAUCAGAGUACGCUCACUCAUGGCCAAGUUGCCGCGAAAGUUAAAUGAGGUGGCCAUCGUCUACGAACUAGACGAAACCGACGACAGGACGAUCAACGAGCAGGCAAGCAUUGAAGUUCCCUUGUCUGCAAUCAUCGGACCUUCCAGAAGCUUUCACACGACGAACGCGCUCUACCCGCACCAUCGCUAUGACCCGAAAGCCUUCGCCACCGAAAAAUCAGUCGAGAAGGAAGGUCCGCUGGUGUGUCGGUGGAAGUACUUUAUUCACUACCGAGACUCUCAUGAGAAGAAAAUAAGCAAAGCUCAUCAUUGGACGUUGGAGCGUGUCCGAGAGCACGAAGUCGAACGAGAAGACUUCAAGGUCUCUGAGGGAGCUUUGCGAUCUGACUGGCGAGGUGUGACAAUCCGCGGAGGCGCGCAUAUCCCGGAGGCGCAGCCUCAUGUGCUUGGACAACCUGCCCAGAAGCAGAAGUAUACAGUCUUUGACUCGUUCUGCGGCGCCGGCGGCUUCUCGAGAGGCGCCGAGAGGGCAGGGAUGAAAGUUCAGCAUGCUGUCGAUUCCUGGGAUCGGGCGUGCAAUACCUACCGCCGAAACUUCCCGGAUACCAAUCUUUUCGAGAUGACUGUCGACGAGUUUAUUCUUUCUCAAAAAGAUGUCCCGAUUAGAGUGGAUGUUCUCCAUCUAUCACCACCAUGCCAGACAUGGUCACCGGCCCACACCGUCGCGGGACAGAACGACGAGGCCAACAUCGCCUCGCUCUUCGCCUGCAGAAGUCUCAUCGAGAAAUUGCGUCCUCGAAUCUUUACGCUGGAGCAGACUUUCGGCAUAAUGCAGCCGGCCUACGCUCCCUUCUUCAACACUCUUGUCAUGGGGUUCACUGAGUUCGGGUACUCUGUAACUUGGAAGCUGGUCCAUCUCCAGACCUGGGGGCUCCCUCAAGUCCGAAAGAGACUGAUCAUGAUUGGCGCCUGUCCCGGGGAGAAGUUGCCCCCCUUUCCCAGAGCAACCCACUCUGAGACGGGAGCCGGUGGUCUGUCGAAAUACGUGACCAUUCGGCAAGCACUCUCGAGGAUUACGGACACCUCGUCCUUCCACAACCCAGAAAACGAGAUGAGAAACACCUUGCCUAUCGGCUCAGUCGUCUCCGACCCGGAUCAGAUUUUGAAGAGAUGCGUCACAUGCUCUGGAGGCCAAAACAUGCACUGGUCGAAUACCAGAGCCUACACGGUGCGCGAGUUCGCCAGCCUUCAGGGGUUUCCGGUCUGGCAUCAAUUCGCCGAGGCUCCCAAGUCAGCCUUGAAGAAGCAGAUCGGGAAUGCUUUCCCGGCUUGUGUAGUGCGGCCCUUGUACGAGCAUUUGAAGAACUGGCUUCUGGCCGAGGACGGCUUCGCCCCGCCCCGCGACGCGAGGAACAGCGUUGGCGGAAGAGAAGUGGUGUUCCUGACCGAGGCGCCUGCGCCUGCACCCGCGCCGCCGCGCCGUGUCCCUGCCCCGCUCACAAUGCCAUCGCCCUUGAGUAGCCAGGGAGACUCUGCUAGCAACGCAAUGAUGCUUGAUGAAGACGAGGAUGAUCAGAUUGAGAUCAAGUUCUAUGGGGAUUCCGACAUUGAGAUGUCUGACGUGCCCGAGGCGCCUAGGAGCCCGGAUACGCCUGACACGCCGCUGUCUUACUACCGGUGCCGGUCUCGAUCGAGGACGAUGUCCCUUGGUCCAUCUCCAGAGCCGGUGCAGUUUGGGAUGAAGGACUCACCUAUUGUGAUUGACUGA